CAAAAGGUCAUAGCAUUAGGCAAUGAUUGUGUGAAAAAUUGCACAGAUUAGGCUAGCGGAAGUCUUUUUCCAGAUAGAUAUUUGAAUGACUGAGCAAAUUACUAUGCAGUACGGAUUGUUCAAAAUUGCAAAAAAAUUAACGUGGGCUCUAUUAAUUCAUUGCAUAUGCCAGUCGAAUAAUGUAAUAAUAAAAAAUACAUGGUGAUAUUUAUUAUGCUGCAUUAUUAUAAUCACCUGUUGAGAACUGUUUUCCCUCACUGUAUUUAAGUAAAUCCUUGUAGCUGGUUGGAUUAUAUCCCAUAUUGAAUGCAAUAUUGCAAGGCAUUAAACGAAAUUGCAAAAACAACUGGACAGUUAAUUGAUCUGAUUUAUUUAUGAUGACUGAUCUAUUAAUAAAGUUAGUUACGAUUCCGCAAAGUUAACAGCGGGAUUUCAAACGAUUUGGCGAUAUUUGCGCGAAUAAAGAAUAUCAGAAUCAUUGGCACUAUAUUGGUCGGGUUUCUUCAGCUGGAUGUGUUAACACUUAACAGUACCAUGUCAUGAACUCCACUCCAGACAUUGUCCCAUGCGCUAGUGCAGCACCGGCCGGCACAUAUGUCAUUGUAUUAUGUAUCAUAUUGUGAGAUGGUCCAUUAUUUUGGCAUGGCAGCUUUGAGGCGAUGUGCCGACAUCAAAAAUGGUUAUGGCUGGAAACUUGACAACGUCCUCAAGUGUUUCUUGCUGGCUACGGGAAUAUGGGUGUGCGUUUGUAGCGGUGACUACUGCGAUGGUUUUUCGUAUGAUAUUUUUGGCGGAUCAGUUAGACAGCCGGACGGUGGUCUUAGUCGGAUUCAACCACAAGCCUUUAACUAUCAUCCACCAAAUCCUUUGCCCGAAAGGCUUUUGAAUUCGUCCGCUGCGGAAAAAGGCCCGGGAUCUGGUGAUGAUGCUUCGGCCUCAGGGUCCAAGCGCGGUCAGUCAUCAGUCUACAAUGUGGAUAGUAAUGAUGAUCCAUCUGGAAAUGCGAACAACGCCGCUGGUGGUGAUACGCGCAAUGAGAGCCACAAUGACGGAAGCUUAUCCGGCUUAGUUAAAGCAUUACAAAUGGGAGAGUAUCAACGAAGAGGGGCUGGCGCCGUGGGAUCGGGUAAUCUCACCCAGCAUAAAGGAUCAGGGCGUGGAGUAACUGGGAAUGUUACGUCAUCCCAAAAUCCCGUUUUUACACAGAUACUGGCGGAAUGUCCGCUGGAAUGAUCGCCGCUAUUGCAGCAGUGUCUUUGAUAGUUGUUGCGGCAUUGUGUGUUGCUGGUUGGCAUAUAAUCCAUAGUGCUGACCAUAAAGACAAGCUUGGAAGCCAACUGGACAAGGGUGCCGAAGAAUCAGAAUAAGACAUUUUUUCCAGCUAAUGUCUCCUUCCUAGCUUAGUUUGCAAAGUAUAACAGCGAUAACACAAUUUUAACUUUUAUCUUGCAUUGUAUUGAUUCCAUUACGGCUUGAUUUUCAAAAUUUAUACACGGCUUUGAUCAAGCGAGUGCUUUUAUAAAGUUAAUGAGGGCCGGGGCGCAGACAUUUUGCUUUUAUCCGUGCUGUAUGUGAUGUUAGUUCUUUUCGGUGUUUAAUUAGCCUCUACACGGCAUGUGUUCAGAAGCUUUUAAAAACUAUAGUAAUAUUGUUUUUUCACAGAAUUUAACAGUAUUCGAUGCAAUGAGAAUUUACAAUUACUUAAAACAAUUCUUAGCUGUGAUUUAGACCAUUGUCCAGUUGCACCUUCCGA